CAAGAAACCCUUCUACUUCCAUUCCCCUAAAGCACUGACCCUCUUGUUCACAGUAGACGGAGAGAGAGAGAAUGGGUGGGUGCUUUUCGGACAGAAAGGGAGGACAACAGGCUAUAGGAGGGGCACAACAAAGGCCCAUGGCCAUGAGCGAUGAAAGAGCUGCUGAACCCAAUGAUGCAGUUGAUUACUUCUUCAGGGCUCGCGGUUAUCAUGGCCUCUUCACCCAACUCGAGUUAUCAUUGUCUGCUGCAAAUUUACUUGAUCGGGACAUCUUUUCAAAGAGUGACCCUAUUGCCGUAGUGUAUACAAAGAAAAGGGAUGGAACACUUGAGGAACUUGGUCGUACGGAAGUGAUUAUGAAUGCGCUCGACCCUGCUUGGAUUGAAAAAAUUCCAAUUGCAUAUCAGUUUGAGAUUGUUCAGCCAUUGGUGUUUCAUGUGUUUGAUGUUGACUCCAAGUAUCACAAUAUACCCGUGAAGACGCUGAGGUUGAACGAGCAAGAAUUUCUUGGAGAAGCGAGUUGUGUUCUGUCAGAGAUAGUGACCAAACAGACUAGGAGUUUGACGCUUCAACUACAUAACAGAGAUGUACAUGGAGGCAUGAAAAGAUUAGGGACACUUACUGUCCGUGCAGAGGAAACAAAUGCUUCGAAGGAAGCUGUUGAGAUGAUACUCCGUUGUUCUCACUUGGAAAACAAGGAUCUCUUCUCUAAAAGUGACCCUUUCUUAAGAGUUUCUAGAAUUGUUGAGAGUGGUGGUACUAUUCCAAUUUGCAAGACAGAAGUGGUUAAUAACAACUUAAAUCCAACUUGGAAGCCCCUCCGGCUGACUAUGCAGCAAUUUGGAAGCAAGGAUAACCCACUGGUUAUAGAGUGCCUUGAUUUCAAUGACAAUGGCAAGCAUGAACUUAUAGGACAACUUCAAAAAUCAGUAGCUGACUUGGAGAAAAUCUACAAGGAAAAAAUUGGAUUGAACUUUCAUUUGCCAUCUUUUCACCAUGGCCAUGGUCAUGGCCAUGAGAAGGUUUUGAAGGGCCAACUAUUUGUGGAUGGGUUUUCUGAGAAAAUGAUGUACAGUUUCCUGGAUUACAUUUCUAGUGGCUUUGAGCUUAACUUUAUGGUUGCUGUUGACUUCACAGCUUCAAAUGGAGAUCCUCGGCUCCCAGAAUCCUUGCACUACAUUGAUUCUUCAGGUCGAUUAAAUGCGUACCAGCAGGCUAUAUUGGAGGUUGGAGAUGUCAUCCAAUUUUAUGAUUCUGACAGGCGUUUUCCUGCUUGGGGUUUUGGUGGAAGGCUAAGUGAUGGUGUAGUCUCUCAUUGUUUUAACUUGAAUGGACAUGCUGGAGAUUCGGAGGUUGUUGGAGUAGAUGGCAUCAUGUCUGCUUAUGCAAACACACUACGUACUGUUUCUCUUGCCGGGCCCACUUUAUUUGGGCAAGUUAUCAAUAGAGCUGCACAAAUUGCAAGCCAGACUUUCUCGAGCAAGUACUUUGUUUUGCUCAUCAUUACGGAUGGAGUGCUUACGGAUCUUCAAGAAACUAAAGAUGCUCUUGUGAGGGCAUCCGAUCUACCAUUUUCCAUUCUUAUAGUUGGAGUGGGAGCUGCAGAUUUUAAAGAAAUGGAGAUCCUUGAUGCUGAUAAGGGACAACGAUUAGAGAGUUCUACAGGACGGGUAGCGACACGUGACAUCGUACAGUUUGUUCCAAUGCGUGAGCUGCACGGUGGUCAGAUUUCUGCUGCCCAAGCUUUGUUGGAAGAACUGCCACGGCAGUUUUUGUCAUACAUGCAGGUCAGGGAUAUCAAACCAAUCCGAGAUUAG